CAGCAGCAACAAGAACAGCAGCAGCAGCAGCAUGAAGAGCAGAAACACCAGCAACAACAGAGCCCUGCACAUGACAAAGUCACUCUGAAGAUCCAUAUAGCAGGUGACCCCACAGCCGCGCAGCGCCACCCGUCCUACGCCCUGACGAACAAACAAGGGACGGAUCCGGAACAUCUUGCGAUCUGGAUUUCUCCUGCAAUACAAAGAGCGAGGCCCUUAUCUUCUCAUCUGAUGAAAGGAAUCAGCAGAGACAGGGGUGCAGCAUCUCCGCAGGUACACGAGGAGUUAGAAGAGGGCACAGCAGCAGCAGCAGCAGCGGGACCUGCGCACUCUGCUGGCAUGCGGUGGGGGCCGCAACAGCAGCAGCGGCAGGAGCAGUACGAAGUGCGGCAGCAGCAGCAGCAGCAGUACGACCUGCGGCAGCAGCAGCAGCAGCAGCGGCAGCAACAGCGGCAGCAG